GAAAAUAAGAGUCUGUCUUCAACGGUGCUGAGCAAAAAUGGAUGGAAAACUCAAUUAAAGAAUUAACCUGGGGAAGGAAUUGUCUUUUCCUUUGGAGUGGGAAGAAUUUCCUUCCCUUAAGGAGGGAAAAAAAAUCUGUUGAGUGUCUAAUGGCAAGUGUUGGCUCCAUUCAGGAACGCCUACCCCGGGGCCACAAGUGACCGUAUAUGCGAGGGAACUCGGAGCGGUGGUUCCUGCUGAUGUCCUCGCUUGUAACUCUCCAGAUUGGCAGUGAGGGACAAAUAAGAAGUUAGCCACAUGGAAUAAAACACGAAGGGAGGGGAGAAAAGAGCUGCUGUGAUGAGAUCAGAAGAAAGAAAAGUUUAAAAGGGAGGGGAGGGAGAGGGGGGACAACAGCUCAGCAGAGAAGGGAAAGAGCCUCAUAUAAAAGCAUGAGACACACGCAACGAGAAAGCCAGGCUGGACGGAGAAGGGGAGCCCGCCCUUCGGUGCGGGCACCAGCAUUGCUCUCUCUCUUCGCCACCCCAGCACCAGCGGGUCAGGGAACAGGCUGGGCUCCAGUUUCCCCCAGGCUCUCACCCGAAGAUUUCGACCGUCCCGUCAGACUGGACUUCCCUCUCGGCGGCGGAUCAUCCCCGGAGACUAAGAGGCUGAGAGGAGCCGCGGCCGCUGCCUGGGAAAUAGCCCCGGACUGGCCGCGGCCGUUAGUAGCAGCAGGGAAGGGAAGACCAGGAGACCCGAGGGGGUGAAAGUAGGUCCGGGAGCAUUAAAAGGAGGCUCGGGACUCGCCCUCAAGCGGAGCGGAGACAAGGCGGGAAAAACUUUGCGCGGGGCUCCUAACAUGACACGAGCUCAGCCUGCACUGACAGCCAGCCGCUCUCAGGGCUAAUGGGCUGAGGAGAAAAGCGGCCCGCGACUGAAAGCGCAACCUGGAAAGUGCGAGCAAGAGCAGCGCAGCGCAAAGGCUUCCGAAGGCUGCGAGCGGGGGGGGGGCUCUCUGAAAGGACCCUGGUGGCGGGUCUGGCUCUCCUGAGAGACAGUGGGGCGAAUUCAUCCGGGAGGCGAGGCGGGGAAAGAGCAGAAAUAAACCUUCCUGGCGCGGACUUCGCGGGAAGGGGACCGACUCCUCCAAGCGGGGUUCUCCCGCUCGCCGCCAGCAGGGGCGGACGCCGCCCGCCCCUUUCACGGUGCCUCUGCAGACAGGCCGAGCAUCUAUAACCCCCAGCGCCCCAAUUUCUCCCUAAGUGCCGGCCCAGCGGGCCUCUGCUGCUCCCCCCCCCCACACACACACAACCCGAGGGCUGCCCGGCCACGUCUCUUGGCUCGCGGGGCGCGCUCGGAGGCGGGGGAGAGAGAGAGAGAAGUCCGCGGCAGCCCCCCCCCCUUCCCCAGCGUGCGGCCGCUUUUGCAGGCGGGCAAGACCCCAUGCGAGCGCCGGGCUGCAAGCGCAGCAGCAGCGACCCCUGCAGCCCGACCCGUCGGACGAGCGUCCUCAGUGCUCCUUCGCCGCCGUCUCGGAGACCUCCUCCCAUCCCGAAGUGGCUCCGCCGUGGUGGUGGCGGUGGCGCGGCGGCGGCGCUGCCUGCGACAACGCUUCCUCUCCUGCUGGCCCAGUCGAUCCCGAGAGCGGCGCUCCUGGCGCAGGAACUCCUGCUCUCGACUCCUUAGCGGCUGGGCCGGCGGCGGCGGCGGCGGCUGCUCCUGCUCUCCUUCCUCCUCUUCUUCCUGCUGCUCAAUUGCCGCCGCCGCCGCCGCCGCCGCGGAGCCCUAAAGCCGUCCUCUGCAGGAGGAUGGUGCGUCUAGCGGCCGAGCUGCUGCUGCUGCUGGGGCUCCUCCUGCUUACCUUGCACAUCACGGUGCUGCGAAGCAGCGAUCCCGAAGCGCCGCCGGGCAACCACAGCCAGCGUCAGCAGGAAAUCCUUCAUACAGAGAGCCUUUCAUCUCUUGAAAGCAGCUUCACAUUAGACCCAGAAGAUCGACAGAAUUAUCCUGGUCAUCAGGCAGCACAUCGGUCAUUGGCCAAGCAGCGAUUCAGGCAGCAGAACAGACAUACAUCCUUGCAAAAAGAUGGGCCCAGAUCUUCCCUUUUCGACCUUCCAAAUUUUCCCGACUUCUCAAAAGCAGAUAUCAAUGGGCAAAACCCUAACAUCCAGGUGACUAUAGAGGUUGUUGAUGGAACAGAGUCUGAAUCAGAGAAAGGUCUUAAAAGAGAAAGCAGCAAAACCAGUUGGCCUGUCCCAUCACCAAACUGGAGAAACUGGUGGCAAAGAUCCGCACCUUCCAUCACUCGCAUGAGUAGUGGAGACCAGGAUUACAAAUACGAUAGCACGACUGAAGACAGCAACUUCCUAAAUCCCUUGAGUGACGGCUGGGAUAGGCAUCCAUCAAGUCAUCGGAUGUUUGAAUCAAAGGAGCAGCCAGAAUAUGAUUACGUAGAGGGAGAAGGAGACUGGAGUCUGUGGUCAGUUUGUAGUACAACUUGUGGAAGUGGCAAUCAGAAACGCACCAGGACCUGUGGAUAUGCUUGCACAGCCACUGAAUCGAGGACAUGUGACCGACCAAACUGCCCAGGACUUGAGGAUACAUUCAGAACAGCUGCCACAGAAGUGAGCUUGCUUGCAGGAAGUGAAGAAUUCAAUGCCACAAAGCUCUUUGAAGUUGAUACGGAUAGCUGUGAAAGGUGGAUGAGUUGCAAAAGUGAAUUCUUAAAGAAGUACAUGCACAAAGUAGUCAAUGAUCUUCCCGCUUGUCCUUGCACCUACCCAACCGAAGUAGCUUAUAGCACGGCAGAGAUCUACGAUCGUCUGAAAAGGAAGAACUUCCGCUGGAAAGAUGCAAGUGGGCCAAAAGAAAAACUGGAGAUCUAUAAGCCUAGCGCCCGCUACUGCAUCCGGUCCAUGCUGUCCUUGCAAAGCACCACCUUGGCCGCACAGCACUGCUGCUAGGACGACAGCAUGCAGCUGAUUACCCGAGGGAAAGGGGCUGGCACCCCCAACCUGAUCAGCAUCGAGUUCUCUGCAGAACUUCAUUACAAGGUGGAUGUUUUGCCCUGGAUCAUUUGCAAAGGGGACUGGAGUAGGUACAAUGAAGCCCGGCCACCUAACAAUGGUCAGAAAUGUACAGAAAAUCCUUUGGAGGAGGACUAUUACAAACAAUUUCAGGAAGCAAGAGAGUACUGAAAACGGGUGUGGGAGGAGCUUUGAAAACUUCAAAAAAAAAAAAAAAAGAUGGGUGGUGGCGACCAGGACACUCCAGUGAAUGAACCUUUGAAAAUGGGAUUCACCUCCCCAACACUCACUGUACAUAGUUGUACAAAAUAUACAAUUUUUCUAAAGUAUUUUAUUUAUGUUUGCAUAUAGAUAUGGCAUAGUCCCCCUCACCUUUGUGCCCAGACAUGAAAGUGUCUCAACAGACCUUUAUACAGUGAUACACAUUCUGCUUCCAUUAAGAUGAGCUUAUGCUCUUGUACUCCCAUAAAGACUACAUUACCUGUAGUUAGAGGUGAGUAUCAUUGGAUUUCACAUGAAAAGAAAAUUGCUUCUCAAUGCUACAGCCAUUCGGGAAACAUUUGCUACCGUAUUAGAAAUAUCUACAUAUAUUGAAAUUGUAGGUACCUCUUAGUAUUGAAAUGUGGCCUAGGCGUGCAUUUUGAGGAUAACAUUUUGGCUCACUUAAGAAAAUAGUGACCAGAUCCAUUGCAGAUGUGAUGCAAGUUAACUUCAAAUCAGAGUGUGCUUGAGAUUAGCAGGACCAAAUCUGAAAGGAAUAGCUGUUAUUGCUGCAGGUAUUAUUAUUUUUAUUGUUCCCAUCUAUUGGAAGCACCGGAAGGAAGACUUGUUUAUAAAGCGGUGUAAUUUUUCUAGUGAGUGUAAAGAGGCAGGAUGAGGACGGAAAACAUUGUGGAUCCUUUGUAUUCUCAGCCCCUACCAGCCUGCUGCCACACAUCCUUAUGAGCCUUUUCCUGUGUGGUUUUCUAAUAUCGGAAACAGCAGAGAGGUUGGGGUUGUGAUGGAAAUGAGGAUCCAGUGUCAAAUUACCCACUCUAACGUGACAAUUCUGUCUCUGAAUCUGGAGCCAAAGG